AUGACUUAUGAGUUCACGCGGCCACUGACGCCUGUUCAGGAAAAGCUGCAACACGGUGAGGACGGGUUGGUUAAAAAGCGCAUCAACCUUCUCUUCCCUGCAUGCUGCAGGAAGUCAUGCAUAGCAAAUGGAUUUGGCCUUUCUUCUCCAGGUUUGGUUCUCCCUGACGCUAUACCAAGUGGGCGCCAGCCCGUACACACGGACGUCGAGGACGACUCGACGGAGACGCUAGGCUCAGUCAGCAUCGGCGGAGCCAAACUAGCGAAACUGGCCGGCGCGCCAUGGCGUGGAAAAAAUAAAAAUAAAAAUAAAAAUGACAAGAACCCACUGCGGUGCAUAAGAGACGCCUGUGCAAAAUACGCGAUCUGGAUAGAUCGACCGACAUAUCGGGCUCAGGAAAAAGGAAUAUGA